GCCCUCUAUAACAUUGUCUUCGUUAUACAAUCCCCUUUUGUUCCUAUCUAGUUUUUAGAAAUUUUCAAGGAAAGUCUCUAAAAAUAGAUAACCUAGUAAAGUACUUUACACCUUAACCUUUGACAAUCACAAAGACUAUUACAGAAUAGCAGCAAACAUGAAUAGAUAUUUGAUGAAAAUCUAUAAAAACCGUCUACUAUCGCUCACCAUAACUAGGUCUUUAACGACUAGUCGUCGGUUGGAAAAUAUUCCGUACACCAGUGACAGAUAUCCUCAUUUAAAACGGGGGGACUUUGCAAUUUUGCAGGAUUAUGAUAUAGAAGCUUUUAAAAAGAUUUUGACGAAUUCGGGUCAAAUACUGAGUUCGAAGGACGAGGACUUAAGUGGUUACAAUACAGAUUGGCUGAAAACUGUCAGAGGUAAAAGCGACCUAGUUCUUAGGCCCAAGUCUGCAGAAGAGAUAUCAAAAAUAUUGGGGUAUUGUAAUGAGAGAAAAAUAGCUGUGUCAGUACAAGGAGGUAAUACGGGCUUAGUUGGGGGUAGCGUACCAGUUUUCGACGAGGUUAUCUUGUCCACUGAGCGAAUGAAUCGAAUAAUUAAUUUCGACGCUUUCUCAGGCGUCCUUACUUGUGAAUCCGGUUGUAUAUUAGAGAAGUUGGACGAGUACGCGAGGGAAUUUGAUUAUAUAAUUCCCUAUGACCUGGGGGCUAAGGGCUCCUGCCAGAUAGGGGGAAAUGUUUCGACGAAUGCUGGCGGUCUCCGACUCUUACGUUAUGGAUCUUUACACGGAUCCAUUUUGGGUUUAGAAGCUGUGUUGGCUAACGGGGAAAUAAUCGAUUGCUUGUCUACACUUAGGAAAGAUAAUACUGGAUAUGAUUUGAAGCAAUUAUUUAUAGGCUCGGAAGGAAAUUUAGGUGUUGUAACGAAAGUGUCGAUCCUUUGUGCCAAACAGCCUAAAAGUGUUAACGUCGCCUUACUUGGUUGCCCGGACUACAAAAGUGUAUUGGAGACGUUAGAUGUUGCCAAGGGGAAAUUGGGGGAGAUUCUAUCCGCUUUUGAAUAUAUGGACUCCACAGCCAUGGAGAUGGUUAGACAAAAUCUAGGCCUCCAAUGUCCUCUAGACAAAUAUCCCUUCUAUUGUUUAAUUGAGACGUCGGGUUCUAAUGCAUCGCAUGACGAGGAGAAAUUGAAUACCUUCUUGAACAAUGCUCUAGAUGGCGGAUUCGCUGCUGAUGGAGUGCUUGCUACUGAACCAUCAAAAGUCAACUCGCUAUGGCAACUACGAGAACGCAUAGCAGACCGCGGAUCCUCUCCGAAGGCGUCUAUGGCCUACGACUUCAGCUUAAGCGUUCGAUUGUUCGACGAAUUGACGCAAAUUUUGAGACGCCGUCUCGGAAAUCUUGUUUCGUCUGUAAGCGGUUUUGGACAUUUGGGAGACGGAAAUAUCCACCUUACCGUUGAAUUGGAAUGGGAAAAUUCAAAAGAGGUCCAAGAAUUAUUAGAACCAUUUAUCUUUGAAUGGGUGGCAGAGAAGAAGGGGAGUAUUAGUGCGGAACAUGGUUUAGGUACACAAAAGAACAAGCACAUCAACUUAUCGAAAAGUAAAACGGCCGUCGACUUAAUGGAGAGACUUAAAGAUCAUAUGGAUCCUAAAGGAAUUUUGAAUCCAUACAAGACUCUUCCAUAA